CGGCCCACAGAUUGAGUCAUCUGGAGGACCGGCUCAGGUGUAAGGAAACUGUGAUGACAGAUCAGAUCCAUCGUUACGACUAGCAACGUGUUGGAGGGCGUGUGUUUGUUGGAACCCUUCUGGACUGCUGUGAUCUGCUGGGGGACUGGACGCAGAGGGGAAGAAGGCACUUCCGGAGGAGAUUUGGUUCGCGUGCGAGUGUGACCGCGCGUCUGAGGCAACGGUGACCGUGGAGGCAGGAGCCCUGGAUUUUCCCGAGAUGGAGGGUCAUGGUUAUGACCGCUUUGAGGGCGGGGAGAGAGACACCUACCAGAUUGACUAUCGCAGGAUUGUGGGAGAAAUGGAGCCGGCCCGGCCCCGCCUCUCGCUCCGCGAUGGAGAGCACCCCCACCCCCUGUAUGGACCCUUCCCUCACUCCAACCCCCAUGGGCAUGGGCAUGAGACGGCAGCACAGAGAUACAACGCUACUCGCGUCCAGGCGGGAUAUGAACCUGAGAGCAUGGCAGACUACCUGAUCAGUGGGGGGACAGGGUACGUACCGGAGGACGGACUGACAGCGCAACAACUUUUUGCCAUCGGUGACGGACUCACAUACAAUGACUUCCUGAUCCUUCCUGGGUUCAUAGACUUCACAUCAGAUGAAGUAGAUCUGACCUCGGCCCUGACGAAGAAGAUCACCCUGAAGACACCCCUGAUCUCCUCCCCCAUGGACACUGUCACAGAGUCCUCCAUGGCCAUUGCUAUGGCACUCAUGGGCGGGAUCGGAAUCAUCCAUCAUAACUGCACCGCCGAGUUCCAGGCUAACGAGGUCCGCAGGGUCAAGAAAUUCGAGCAGGGCUUCAUCACAGAUCCGGUGGUGAUGAGUCCUUGUCACACGGUGGGGGACGUGUUCGAGGCCAAGGUACGGCACGGCUUUUCCGGUAUCCCCGUUACUGAGACGGGGAAGAUGGGCAGCAAGCUGGUGGGUAUCAUCACCUCGAGAGACAUCGACUUCUUGUCCGAGAAGGACCACGAUAGACCUCUGGAGGAGGCAAUGACCAAGAGGGAAGAUUUAGUGGUUGCACCGGCUGGUGUUACAUUGAAAGAGGCUAAUGAUAUCCUGCAGCGCAGUAAGAAAGGUAAGCUGCCCAUCGUAAACGACAGCGAUGAGCUGGUGGCCAUCAUCGCCAGGACAGACCUGAAGAAGAACAGAGACUACCCCCUGGCCUCCAAAGACUCACGCAAACAGCUGCUGUGUGGUGCGGCCAUCGGCACCAGAGAGGACGACAAAUACCGCCUGGAACUGCUCAUGCAAGCCGGGGUAGACGUGAUUGUCCUGGACUCGUCACAAGGGAACUCGGUCUAUCAGAUCAACCUGAUCAACUACAUCAAACAGAAGUACCCUGAGCUGCAGGUGGUGGGAGGGAACGUGGUGACGGCCGCCCAGGCCAAGAACCUGAUCGAUGCCGGCGUAGACGCCCUAAGAGUGGGCAUGGGCUGUGGCUCCAUCUGCAUCACCCAGGAAGGUAUGACACGAGGAGGAGGGGUGAGGAAAGAGAGUCAAAGAGUGAUGGCCUGCGGGCGCCCCCAGGGCACGUCGGUGUACAAGGUGGCCGAGUACGCUCGCCGUUUUGGUGUGCCCGUCAUCGCGGACGGAGGAAUUCAGACUGUUGGGCACGUGGUGAAAGCUCUGGCCCUCGGAGCAUCUACAGUGAUGAUGGGGUCGUUGCUGGCGGCAACCACCGAGGCUCCUGGGGAAUAUUUCUUUUCGGACGGCGUGCGUCUGAAGAAGUACCGUGGCAUGGGCUCCUUGGAUGCCAUGGAGAAGAACAGCAACAGCCAGAAGCGUUACUUCAGUGAGGGGGACAAGGUGAAGGUGGCGCAGGGUGUGUCGGGCUCGGUCCAGGACAAAGGCUCCAUCCAUAAGUUUGCCCCAUACCUCAUCGCUGGAAUUCAACAUGGCUGUCAGGACAUAGGAGCCAAGAGCCUGUCCAUACUGCGGUCUAUGAUGUACUCCGGGGAGCUGAAGUUCGAGAAGAGGACCAUGUCUGCCCAGGUGGAGGGAGGAGUCCACGGGCUCCACUCAUAUUCAUUUUUGCCAUUUACGAGAAGCGACUAUACUGAGGCAGGAAGUAAGGCCAGCGUGCGGGGGGGCCCUAAUGUGCCAGCUCCCACAGCAAUGAAGAAUAAUGGACACCUCUGACCAAACUACAACCACCUGAUGGUUCAACCAACUGCUCUCUCUUCUAUCUUUGGUGUUUUAUAGUAUUACACGUGCACACACACACACACACAUAUGCACACACACACACGCACACACACACAGUGCUCUAUGAGAGAUUGUUCCUGUGUGUGGCUGCCUGUACUGGCACAUUGCAGAGAGCCAGUCAUGUACAGCAAGAGGGACUGUCUGUGUAAAUGGAGAAACUGUUCAGUCUGCACCAUGAACGUGGGAGUUGUAUGAGCCAGAUGAACAGCUGUUCUUAAACAGCCUCUGCUCGUUUAGUUUUGGUCAACCCCCCCCCCCCCCCCUCCCCACCCCCCUUCUCCAAGCCCCAAUCCCCAGAGUUCAAUGAGAACCUCAGCCCUGUACACUUGUGGGACAGUGAAGCUGUCCACUAGGACAGCUGUGCACAACUCUGGAUAGCCUUGCACUGUGAGCUAGGUCUCCACUGUGCCUAGAGGUAGUCUUGUUUAUGAAGGUAUAGCAGAGAUCUCUACAAGAGACAGUAGAGCUUAGGAGAUCAAAGAUAGGCAUUAGCCUUAAAAUCAGGGAUAUGUUAAACCAGAGCGCCUUACAACAGAAAGGUAGUCUAAAUACAAUUAGUCAACGUCUGUUAUUUUAUUCUUCAUUCUUAUGGAAGUGUUGGGAACAAGUGGCAGAAUGUGGUUAGUUGACCUAUUAGUUUAUCCUGAAAUUGUAUACUGUAACGUAUCAUUUGUGGAUGUUAGGAACAUGUUGUGUGCAUUGAACUCACUAACGUUUAAGGAAUAGGAAAUGAAAAAAUAAACAUUUAUGAUAUAAU